AUGCGGGUCCAGCAGGAGGACCCCGAGCUGUUUCGGAGCUUGCUGGACCGGGAGGGAUGGAUGGGGACGGCCUCCCCCAGCGCCCCGCCCGCCCACAUGCCGCUCACCAAGAUGGGUCCCGCCAACGAUCCGGAGGCUUUCCUGGACCUGUUUGAGCGGACGGCGGAGGCAUACGAGCCAUCCUCUAGAGGGUCGGCCUCAGCCCAGAACAACAUGCUCCGGGACUCGUGCCGCAAAUGGCUGCUGGCCGGGGACGGCGACGCCGAGUCCAUCAUCAACGCGGUGGUGCUGGAGCAGUUCGUCUCCCGCCUCCCAAAGAGGACCGCCCAGUGGUCUGGAGUGAGUUACUGUAUGCACCCGAAAAGAUUUACGUCUCCUCACAACACAAACAGUAAGACUGCAUGGAGGACUGAGACUCAACAAGAAGACAUUGUAGAGCGUCUGGUGAAGCCACUUAAUGUGACACCGACUUACAGUAAGGCCAGUCGGACCCUGCAGUGCACCAUUUGCGAUAAGUACAAAAAGACUCUGGUGCAGAGCAACAAACUGACCAACGAAGAUCUUCAUUUGAAGGCAGUGACGCUGAGUGCAGGAAACAUUCAAUACAAAGUUCGAUUCAGCAUGUCGACGUACUUAUCCAGUGCUCCACUAAAUAAGGGCCAGCCUGUGUGCCUGGCGAUCUCCAACAGCAACCUCUACAUUGCUUGUACCGAGUCUGAUGGGUCUUCCCCCAUCCUGAUCUUGAAGGAGGUCAGUGGCCCCCUGAACACCAUUAAAGUUGGUGACCCGAACGGGUACGACAGCCUCCUCUUCUUCAGGAAAGAGACGGGCACAGCUUACAACACUUUUGAAUCUGUUAAAUAUCCUGGAUGGUAUAUUUCCACCGCUUUUGAUGACUGGGAGAGGGUGGAAAUGAUCCAGGUGCCAACUGACCGAACCACAAACUUCACACUUGAAGAUCAACAAGCAAUCCUGAGUUAAGAAUCAGAUUCGAUCCAAAAACACAUUUCCAGAGAGUAUGUACCAUGUACAGUUUAUAAUCUGGAUUUGUUCAAACGUUGCAAACCUGAAUGAUUUUAUGCAUCUGUCUGGCUUUUUAUAAUCAUUU